CUGUCUCUGUGAGCUCCGUGAUCUGGUCUGUCAUCCUUCAUGCUGCUGGAGUCUUUAAUGAUCUUAAAUGAAACUGUCCUCGGAACACUUCAGGACAUUUAAGACAAUAUUUCUGUUCCUGCACCGCUGGAGUUUGUUUGCAGACUUUAACAUUGAAAAGGUGAAAUUCCUCAAGACUUGUGAUGACCUCUCAGUGACCUGCUGUGGCGUCCUCUAAAGCCCUGAGAUGAUUUCCCAGCAGCCACCCUGGCACACCUGAGUUAUGAAGGCCUCCUGCACAUUCUUCAUCCUCUUCCUCCUCCACAGGACUCCAUGUGUGUCAGGGAGGACAGUGAAGGAUACAGUGGAGGCAUGGACCCGCUACAGAGACGAAUGUUUGCUUCGGAUAAGUACAGAAUCCAGACCCAAAGGAGUGUUUUGUGGUCGUUUGUUUGACAUGUACGCCUGCUGGCCAGAUGGGAAACCAAACUCCACCGUCAAGGUGCCCUGCCCCUGGUACCUGCCUUGGUACAAGCAAGUGCGACAUGGCUUUGUGUUGAGGAAGUGUGGUCCUGAUGGUCAGUGGACCAACAGCAACUCCAGCCGCACCUGGAUGGACCAUUCUCAGUGUGACGCUGAUCACAGCCAAGAGGAAGCUCAGGAGAAGCAGAUGACGAUCUUAGUCUACUUCAGAGUGAUGUACACAGUGGGUUACUGUGUUAGUCUGGCCAGUCUCUCUCUGGCUUUAAUUAUUCUACUUUUCUUCAGGAAGCUGCACUGCACCAGAAACUACAUCCACACUAACUUGUUUGCAUCGUUCAUUCUGCGAGCUGUUUCCAUCCUGACCAGAGACGCUCUGCUGAGCAAAGACACUCCUGAGUUCAGAGACAGCAGGGACGUCGCUGAAGUGCUCAGUGAUGAGGCAGUGUCCAGUUGCCGCGUGGCUCAGGUGCUGAUGCAGUACUGUGUGGGAGCCAACUACUACUGGCUGCUGGUGGAAGGCCUGUAUCUCCACAACCUGCUGGUGCUGAUGGUGUUCUCCGAAAACCGCUAUUUCUGUGGAUACCUAAUCAUUGGCUGGGGAGCCCCGGUGUUAUUUGUGGUGCCUUGGAUUAUUGUACGUUACCUCUUUGAAAACACAAGGUGUUGGGAAAUAAAUGAGAAAAUGGCACACUGGUGGAUAAUCCGAGCUCCCAUACUGCUCGCCAUUCUGGUAAACUUCGUCAUCUUUAUCCGCAUAAUUCUGAUUCUCGUAUCCAAACUAAAAGCCCAUCAGAUGAGAUACACCGACUACAAAUUCAGACUUGCCAAAUCCACCCUGGCCCUGAUCCCUCUGCUGGGGAUCCAUGAAGUGGUCUUUGCAGUGCUGACAGAGGAGCACACGGAUGGCAUCCUCCGCACCGUCAACCUCUUCUUCCAACUCUUCCUCAACUCUUUCCAGGGUUUAUUUGUAGCCGUCCUCUACUGUUUCAUCAACAAGGAGGUGCAGGCAGAGAUAAAGAAGAAAUGGCAGAGGUGGAAGAUGGGGAUGACUGACCUGGAUGACCUGAGGAACACUGGCAGCAACACGCCACAGGUCAAAUAA